CAAUCGAUUGAUUCGAUUCAAUCCCAGAUCUGUCUGUGAGAGAGAGCAGCAAGCAACCUCCUAGCUACGUGUACCGUAGCUAGAGCCAGAGCAAGCUUUCAAAAAAGUCAGAGCAACCCACCAACAGAAGAAACAAAGAAGAACAAGCAACCAUGGGUGGAGACGGUGGCGUAAUUGCAGUCAAGCGUGCAUAUUGCCGUGGUGCAGGAACAGCGGACCACACGGGGGACUAUGGUCGCAGUCGUGGUGUGGACAAGACCGUGUCGGAUCGCGAAGAAGCCCUCCAGCGCAUGACGACUUGUGCUCUGACCAAGCUGCCAUUGCCCUUUGAUCAAUCCACGUCCGCUAUUGUGGCGUGUCCCUAUGGACGCUUGUAUCAAAAAGAAGCGGCCGUCGAAGCGCUCAUUAGGCGCAAGCAAGAAGGUCACGACGCAGACGAAUUGGGAGCUCAUAUUCGUGGUCUCAAGGAUCUCUACAAUGUUCGAUUCCACUUGACGGACAAAACCAAACUGCCGUCGUGUCCCGUGACGGGUCAGGAAUUCAAUGGACAGCUUCCCGCCAUUCUGUUGGUGCCAGGCAAUCCGGAAAUGCCCAAUGUGGUCAGUCAACGAGCGUUUAAGGAAAUGGGAAAGGCAACACUCGAGACCGAAUAUGGUCCCUUUCAAGACGAAGUUCGGCUGGCACCACCUCCUGCCGAGUUGGAAGAAAUCAAGGAAGCGCUAGAAGCGAAACGGGCCAAGAAAAAGGACAAAAAAGACAAGAAGAAGGAUAAAAAGAAACGAAAAGAAGGCGCAAGCAGUGACAACACUUCUCUUGUAGUUGCGAAAGAAAAGAAGAAAAUCAAACGCGACAAUUCCACCAAUGGUGCCUCGGAUGUAGUGCGAGGCCGCGUUCAGGACGCCAUCAAAUCCAACGACAAUCUAUCGAGCUUGUUCACCAACAAGGACAAGAAGAUUUCCCAACAAGAACAAGCUGCCAACUUGUUUGCCAGAUAGACAGUGAGUGAGCUCAAUCAAUUUAAUAUGGACUGGGUAGUGCAGGAAAGCAGGGGUUUGAUCUUCUAUGCAUCUCCAGUCCACCACUAAUACACAAUGGUUUCAUUUGUUAUUCACGGUACACACACACAUUGGUCGGAAUCUCUUAAUAUAACCAACCCAUAAGUGGAGGGGGCAAGAAAUAAUGCCAAUCGUUUCAACAAGU